AUGGCGAUGCAUCUUUCCCUAUCCAAGCUUUUCGGUAACACGAGGCAAAUAAGAAGCUACAGGAUUAUUCGCAGGGCAAGGCUCUGUGACGUCUUCAUUAACCACCGAGGGGUUGACACCAAGCGCAACAUUGCUGCGUUGCUUUACGAUCGUUUUGCCCACCUUGAGCUCCAUCCUUUCUUGGACUUCCAUAGUAUGAGGCCCGGCGACGAUAUCUUCUACAACAUUGAAACUGCCAUACGAGACUGUAAGGUUGGGUUGGUCAUCUUCUCUCCAAACUAUUGCUCUUCUUACUUCUGUCUCCAUGAGCUGGCUCUAAUGACAGAAUACCAGAAGAAGAUCAUUCCCAUCUUCUACGAUGUCAACCCCUCUGAUCUUGUGCUUGCUGAUGGAGGAAGCUAUCCGGCCAAGGAGCUGCACAGGUAUAGAUUGGCGCUUGAGCUGGCCAAGCGCAGGGUGGGCUUCCCUUUUGAUUCCAGCAACGGGUAA